AUGUGGGAUGCGUCAUUAUGAUUAUUUUUUCAGUCAUAAUUUAAAAACGACAACUCAUAAUUUCUGUAGCUUAUUCAGCCUUGAAACUUGACAAUUUGAUAAUAUUCUUCAUGCCAGACGUGGAAUUGAUUUUGAAUAUUGUACAUCAUUAUUGUAAGCGGGAGUCUUGACAGAACACAUCAGUUUGAACGUAAGUUGUACUUUUUAAAAUGCUGUUUUGUACCAAAAUUGUAUUCCUUGAAAAAUAUUGUUUUAGAUCUUAUAACAAGCUGUUUCUAAAUAUAAGAAUAGGUCACAAAAAGAACGAAUAAACUCAACUUGUUUGUUCCCUAGCUACAUUGAGCCAAUAUUUAUGCAAAUUGCAUAAAGAACAAAAAUGAAAAAAAAGAUUUUUAAAUUUUCAAAGUGUAACAAACUGAAUGUCACCUACAUACUUCCUUUUUUCUUCAUCAUCUUACUACUUUCUUACCGGUCGUUUUCAGACGACCACCUUGUUAUGAAGACACGGCUACGACUCUGGAAGUGGACUCGCAAAUGUUCCAAGGUUUUUUGUCUAUUCCUGCAUUUGAUAUUCAACAAGAUUCGCAAAUUCAGAUUCCUGUUGUUUGUUGGCCUUCUGCUUGUUAUUGCCCUUGUUUGGACGUUUUGUUGGCUUGGACUGUCGGAUUUUCUGUUCCAGGACGCGUUUGUCACAUUCAACUACACGAAUGUUGAUGUGCAAGUUGCGGUAGGUGGUUUUUGCGAUUUUUUCAAAAUUUUUAGCGAUUAAAGGCUUGAAAAUAUUAAUUAAAAUAUUUUCAUUUAAUUUAGAAAUCUUAUUUAAUUUUAAAAAAAUCGCUUUCGCUGCCUUUUGUGUAACCCAAUCAAAGGUCAAGAACCAGAUUCAUGACUAGAUCUUUAAUUUUAAGUUUUUGCAUGAUGCCGGUCAGGGUCUUUAACUGAAGGCUCGUUGACGUAUUUUUGGAGAGCACUGCGGUGCUGAUAUUGUUAUGAUCGUUGAUGUUCUUAUGAGUAGUCACAUUAUGACCUUUUAUACCUCAAAACAAAAUAAUUGAGCGUUUCUUAUCUUUCAAAGUUUGAAUUUUUGAAAAUGGUAAUUGUAUCCACAGCUUUAUCAUUGUUUUAUGGUAACUAUGAGUCCCUUGUAUAUAGUUUUCCCUACACAGACGAGUUAUACUUUUUCCAAAUUGACGAAACAUAUUUUAGGUAGCAAAUGAACUUCAAGGGCAUAGUCCUUUGCUCAAAAGUUACGUUAACGACAUGGAGAACCUAAGGUUACAUUCAGGACACUUGAGAUGUGAUAAUGACAACAACACGUUAAUGAUAGUCAUAAAAUCAGCGCCUGAUCGAGAACUAGUAAUUAUUCAUAUUUUUCGCCAAUUUAAAGUUAAACCUAGCUGUUGUGCCGAUUUACAUAGAAUAGGCUGCUUCAGAAGCCAAGUCGAUGUAAAACAGUGGCACGAAGAUAACUUUUUAUGGUUGUUACCUAUGUUUAUAGUAUGUUAGAAAGCGUCUUUGGACAAAAUAGAAAGAUAAUUGCCUAAUUGUAGCGACGAGAAGCCUACCGAGUAGCCUUUUCGAAGAUCAACUUGAUUCGAAGGCCUUGGACUGUCGAACUGUUCUUUGUCAGUGGACAUUACGAUAACAAUAUCGAUGAGCUGGUCAGGGAGAAUGACAAACACAAGGACAUGAUUAUUGGCGAUUUCUAUGACAAUUACUACAACAAUACUUACAAAGUAAGAAUCUCGUAUUUUUUGGGUAGAGGUACUAUAAGGUGCAUCAGUUGGGUAGUAUAACUGUUUUGAGGAUUGUGAGUAGCUUUUAGAAAAAUAUUAUAAAGUGGUGCACCACCACGAUGUACUAUAAUAUAAGGUUGACGUUAUAACAGUAAAGUAACAUUUUUACUUUGCAGCUGAUGUAUACAAUGAAAAGUGCGAUAGAAUACUGUGGAAGUAACGUGCCGUUUGUGAUAUCUAUGGAUGACGAUUACGUGAUAAACCUUGAUAAUAUCGUGGACUACAUUCAAAAUGCCACUCAAACGAAUGACAGACUGUAUUCAGGAUGGCGAAUGUAUGGAACGCCGUUUCGAUUCCGGUAUAACAAGUUUUAUGUAGGUAUACUGGACAAGGUCGGGCGGUAGGCUUCAUUGGAUGGACUAAAGGGUUCAUUUUUGGGGACAGGGUGGAAAUGUUUUUUAUGGGUGGUGCUUGAAUAAAAACACUGUGACUUACUAUUAAAAAUGUUUUCAUGAUAGAGAGGUGCUUCAAACAUUUUGAAGAUUACGGUAAAAUUUAAAAUUUGCAAUGCCAAAAGUUUUUUUUUCAGAUUUCGCUAUCAGAAUAUCCUUACGACAUCUUCCCACCAUUUAUAUCAGGAGGUCUCGUGUUCAUGUCACCACAAACUGUAAAAGAAUUCUACAUUUCCAUGAAGUAUUGCAAGAAGCUAAAGUUCGAUGACGUUUACCUCGGUAAGUCGAGUAAUUUAAAAAAAAAUUUUACGUUUCUGAGGGAUGGCUUCACUACUAUAACAUAGUCAAAAGCUCUAUUAUUAUUGAAACAAAUUUUUUAGCUCUACCAAAAGCUAUUCAUGUAUAUCAUGGAUCUCAACUUUAAAUUUUAAAAAAAUCAAUUUUAGGUGUCCUAGCCCACUUGCUAGACAUCCACCCCCUCCACGUGCCAUCAGCCAUGGUCAGGCGAAAUAUGAGGGCAAAGCGACUCGAUUUCACUCAAAAACUAGGUGAACAUGGGUAUACAGCAUCAGAAAUAGAAAAGUACAUUCCAUUGGUCAACGCAUAG